CAGCCAGUGACAGAUGAGCAAACCGUGUUGGUUCAGACAUUUCAGUCCACACUCCCUCACACACGCCGCGCCCACACCUGCCGGCACCACGCAUGCACGGGGACUACCACACGUGUCACCGCAAGGGGAAAUACAGGCUGCAAUUGUAUACCACAAAGUGAGCAGUGAGGGAGGAUGUGGUGAAGACUGAGGCAUAUUACAGCAUACCAGGCACCUCUCCUCUUCUGCUCCAAUCUGCCAGUAUGUUAUUCUCGACACCUUACUCAGAAGACCUCUUUGUGUUGGUGAUCUUCUUGGCACUCCUUUUUCACUGCAACACACAGCUCCUGGUCCCUCGGUGGAGCAGUGCCUGGUCUGUCCUCCUCAGCACAGCACACUGGCAUUGUCAGUGUGGGCUUUGUGCUGUGCAGGAAACAUCAGCACUGCUCACACUACUGCUACAGGAUCCAUCAUGCUGGACCAUGGACCGCAGAGUGUGGCCAGCUGUCCCUCAUCCCAUCGGUGUGGUGCUUCUCACUGGCAACUACUGUACACUCUCAUUCCUGUCUUCCUGGGGUGCUUGGCUGUGGUGUUGUGGUGUUACCCUUGGCAGUCUUCUAGAGAUAGUGUUGUAUGACUUACUGGAAGGAAGGGAAAGGGACACCAUUCAAUCAGACCUCACCUAACAUCACCUACUGUUCCCCGGACUUACUGCAAGGAGGAGGGAAAGACACCACUAAUGUUGUCACACCUUAAAACAUCUACACCAGCCAAUGUUCUGAACUGCUGUUGCGACUCUCCUCCCCUAGACUGACUCCCACCUGCAGGAUCAGUAU